AAUGCUGUGUGUGGAGGUGACAGGCGGCUGGCCGUCAUGGUGGAGGGUCCUGGCUGCACGCUGAACGGGGAGAAGAUCCGGGCCCGAGUGGCGCAGGGACAGCGUGUGGUGGCGGUGCGGGGGAGUGCGAAUCCAGCCAGCAGUGCAGCUCUGGGAACAAGUAGCAGCGUUCUCCUGUCUUUGGUUUCAUGCACCUAUACUGGGGUGGCAACUUUAGGAAAAGAACUGUUUCUUUACUUUGGACUGAAAGCAUUACGAGUCCAUUUUGGAAUGAAUGGAUCAAUGCGCAUUAAUCCAGCAGAGAAGAAAGAUAGAAGUGGAGCUCCAGCAGUUUUGGAAGUGCAGCUCACCAAGGACUUGAUUUCCUUCUUUGACUCCACAGUACAUGUCAGGAACGCAUCAGAUUGUCAAGAAAAAGUUCGAACUUUUCAGGAUUUGGAUGUCUGCUCCGCCAAGUUCAGUUUCUCUAGAGCAGAGAGUGAAGUUAAGAAGCAGGGCAGUCGCAUGGUCUGUGAUGUGCUCCUUGAUCAGGCAGUGCUGCCUGGAGUUGGUAACAUUAUUAAAAAUGAAGCUCUUUUUGACAGUGCCCUUCAUCCAGCAGUCCAGGCUGGUCUGCUAACAGACAAGCAAAUAAGCCAUCUGGUCAAAAUGACGCGGGACUUCACUCUUCUGUUUUAUAAGUGUCGAAAGAAUGGCUCGCCUCUCUACAAACACUACAAAGUGUACAAAAAACCUUGCUGUAGUCAGUGUGGUACGAAAAUCACAGUGUGCCGUCUGGGAGAAGACAACAGAAUGACCUACUUUUGCUCAAAUUGUCAAAAGGAUAAACCUGAACAGGUUGAUCUAAGUAAAUUGCCAAAAAGAAAUAGUAUUCUUGGAUGGAUGUAUAAACAAGACUCACAAGACCAUGUGGCCAAGAGUGAAGAAGAGCACUGGGCCUGUGGAGUGUGCACUCUCAUAAAUAAACCAUCAGACCAGAAAUGUGAUGCAUGCCUCACUACUAGACCGGAAGCUCCAACACAUUCAGCCAAUGACGUUGACGCUUAUGACUCGGAUCUGAUUAAAUAUCCAUGUAAUAAUUUUGGAAAACUACUGGCUGAAGUGAAGAUUAAUAGAAAGACGGCUUUUGGAUUCACAACAUUGGUACUGAGUGAUUUCAGUGCAGAAAGUAAUUUGUAUAAAGAACAGCAAGGCAAAUGUGUCUCUCCUGGAGGUAUCGGUUACAACAACAUACACAUGAUAUCCAGUAAGAGAAGAAGCAGUGAAAAUGAAGAGCGGACAGAGUCUCCGAAUACUGUGAAUGGAAGAACACAUUCAUUCACACCGCUACAGAAGAAGCAGAAGACUGAACACAUCACAACAAGUAACGCAAGCUCCUCUAUGAGUUCACCUCGCGUUAACAUGACAGGAGGCACGUCUCCACCGAAUGCAAAUGGCCCCCACUGCAGCAAGCAUGGCCGUCCCUCUGUUCUGCAGGUUGUGAAAAAAGAUGGUGACAACAAAGGAAGACAGUUUUAUAGUUGCUCUCUACCUCGGGAAGCAAGAUGUGACUAUUUUGAAUGGGCUGAUCUGCAUUUUCCAUUCUGCAACCACGGGAAGAGAUGCAUUAUGAGAACAGUACUGAAGAUUGGCCCGAACAAUGGCAGAAAUUUUUACGUGUGCCCUUUCGGCAAAGAUAAGCAAUGUAACUUCUUUGAAUGGGCAAAUCCCACAGAGUAACCGUCUUAGGUGCUUCGGUGUCUCAGAGCACAUUCUGAUGUACAGUAAAGUGUUAUGUUGUGAAUAUCAUGUCCUUUUGAUGUUUCUUGCUUAAUUAUAUUCAUUUUUCUUUCCCAAU